AUAAAUAAAGAAAAAGGACAGACUGACGGCAGCUGUCAGGGGACAGGUCUGAGACUAGCAAACGGGACUCAGUCCAGAUCCUCACGGAUCCGGUCUCUGCAGACUUCGAGGUCUCCACCAGAGUUUAAAGUGAAGUUGAAGUUCGUGAAGAACCUUUGGUUCCACAGCAGGAAGUUCCCAUGUUAAACAGCCAGGAGGCAAGUUCCACUUACUAGCGUUCUCCAGAGCUUUCAACAGCACCUCAUGGUCUUCAUCAGUGGAUGGAGUUCAGUAAGUUGACUUGAGUUCUUUGUCAAACUGUUUCCAGGGUCAGUGACGAACUUUAACGCUGAACAUAAACUAUUAAAAAGUUGUAUUUAAAGUUCUUCCUCCUGACUUUUCAUCCUCGCUGCCUGCUGGGAACGAGCCUCCAUUUUGACAGAAGGUGCGGAGUGACUCGCUCCUGCUUCAGAUGAGCAACAGGUGUAGCGGCAGGAAACAACCAAAUCUGCCAAAAGCAGCAUGAAGAACAGCAACAGCAGCAGCGGCGGGAAAGAAGCCGCCGCCGCCGGCGAGAGCUCGGACGAGCAGUCCCAGCAGCAGCAGCAGAGUGGCAGUAAGCGUCCCAGUAACAGCACGCCUCCUCCCACUCAGCUCAACAAGAUCAAAUACUCCGGAGGUCCUCAGCUGGUGAAGAAGGAGCGCCGGCAGAGCUCGUCCCGCUUCAGCCUGACCAAGAACCGGGAGCUGCAGAAGCUGCCUGCGCUCAAAGACUCGCCCCUGAUGGAGCGCGAGGAGCUGUUUGUGCAGAAGCUGCGUCAGUGCUGCGUCCUGUUUGACUUCGUCAGCGAUCCGCUCAGCGACCUCAAGUACAAAGAGGUGAAGAGAGCCGGGCUCAACGAGAUGGUGGAGUACAUCACGCACAACAGCGAGGUGGUGACCGAGUCCAUCUACCCCGAGGCCGUCCUCAUGUUCUCAGUGAACUUGUUCCGGACUCUUCCUCCGUCCUCCAACCCGACCGGAGCCGAGUUUGAUCCUGAGGAGGACGAACCGACGCUGGAGGCUGCCUGGCCUCACCUGCAGCUGGUGUACGAGUUCUUCCUUCGCUUCCUGGAGUCUCCAGACUUCCAGCCAAACAUUGCCAAAAAAUACAUCGACCAAAAGUUUGUGAUGUCGCUGCUGGAGCUGUUUGACAGCGAGGAUCCCAGAGAGAGAGACUUCCUGAAGACCAUCCUCCACCGGAUCUACGGCAAGUUCCUCGGCCUCCGCGCCUACAUCCGCCGCCAGAUCAACAACAUCUUCUACAGAUUUAUCUAUGAGACCGAACAUCACAACGGCAUCGCUGAGCUGCUGGAGAUACUGGGGAGCAUCAUCAACGGCUUCGCUCUGCCACUGAAGGAAGAACACAAGAUGUUCCUGAUCCGAGUUCUUCUGCCGCUCCACAAAGUCAAGUCUCUCAGCGUCUACCACCCACAGUUGGCGUACUGUGUGGUUCAGUUCCUGGAGAAAGACAGCAGUCUGACAGAGCCGGUGAUCAUGGGUCUGCUGAAGUUCUGGCCCAAGACUCACAGUCCGAAGGAGGUGAUGUUCCUGAACGAGCUGGAGGAGAUCCUGGACGUCAUCGAGCCGUCGGAGUUCGUCAAAGUCCAGGAGCCGCUCUUCAGACAGCUCGCCAAGUGUGUGUCCAGCCCCCAUUUCCAGGUGGCAGAGAGAGCUCUGUAUUACUGGAAUAACGAGUACAUCAUGAGUCUGAUCAGCGACAACGCCGCCAAGAUCCUCCCCAUCAUGUUCCCCGCCCUCUACAAGAACUCCAAGAGCCACUGGAACAAGACGAUCCACGGGCUGAUCUACAACGCUCUGAAGCUCUUCAUGGAGAUGAACCAGAAGCUGUUUGACGACUGCACGCAGCAGUACAAGGCCGAGAAACAGAAAGAGAAAUACAAGCUGAAGGAGCGAGAGGAGGUCUGGCACAAGAUAGAAGAGCUGGCCAGGCAGAACCCACAGAGUAAUAAGCUCCACCCCCUCCGCCCUGGACUCCACCCACAGGAAGAGUGCAUGCUGUACAGUGACGGUGCUGCUGUAGCUGUGUACUCGAUGGAAACAGAGACUCCAACAGCUGAAGACAUCCAGCUGCUGAAGAAGACUGUGGAGAGCGAAGCCUCGCAGGGUACGAAGGAUCUGAAGAAGGACAAGGUCCUGAUGAGGAGGAAGUCGGAGCUGCCGCAGGACGUCUACACCAUCAAAGCUCUGGAGGCCCACAAGAGGGCCGAGGAGUACCUGACAGCCAAUCAGGAGGCUCUCUGACCGGGGGGGGCGGUCCCUUCUGAGCCUUACUCCGCCCCCCUCCUGUCCGUCUCUCUGGGGAGGAAGGUGAAGCCGUCGUGGAGAAACUGGUCUGGGGUCAGACCGGGACGGAGCUGACGCUGCGUUCAAAACAAACAAAAAAACAAACUUCUCAGCUCUGACCCCCGGUGGCCGAUAACAAGUAGGACACUGUGUAGAAGCUCCGUCUGUCCCGCGUGGUGUUUCGCAGUGUGUCAGCGGUCAUGUGACGAUGACAUCAUCAGCUUCACGUCGCACUAACACCUUCAUCUCCAAACACCUGCUGCUGUUUGUUUUCAGCCACAUACACGAACGCCUCCAGGUGACCCGAACACGCCUCGGGCGCAGAGACGGCAGGUCCCUGAACGCAUCGCCAACAGGCCUUUUCCACUACGGGAACUUAACGACCUGAAACCCGACGCGAAUGCUUCGUCUCUGGCUCCGCUUCUGUUUCCGCCGCCCGGCUCAGUCCAGAAUAUAAAACCGUCCCCGGAGUGGAAACGUCCAACCGAGACUUUUCGUAAACGACGACGUCGCCUGAACGCACAGCUGACGGAGAAGACGAGAUGAACAGUUUUUAUGUUGUUCGGGCGUCUCACCGAGGACAGACGUCUCUAUGGAAACGGCUCGGGAGUGUAGAUGUAGUCUGGAUGUGGACUCUGCUCAGGAGCUGGUGCUGAAUCCAGCUCCAGAUCCUGGACGUGUCUUUGUCCGUAUAAACUGUAGCGCUCGCACGCCGUUCGGACGAGCGACGCCAGUUUAACUACAUUUCCCAGUAACAUUCAGGUGCCGUUGGUAUUUCCAGACUCACGUAACAUUUCCGGCGGUGCAGCAGCAUCGCUAGAUUUAAAACUAUAUUUAAGUGACUUCCUGUCACUGUAAACAAACGACACUGAUGUUUAAAAGGCGUCGCGGGAACACGUCUGCGCUGACGAGGAUCUGAAGCUUCUGGUCUGUAAAACUCGACGCAGGACCUCCAGGUUCUUCCGGGUUCAGGUCGUUAAGUUCCUGCUGUGGAAAAGAGCAUCACCUCUGUCCUGCGACACCUGAACGCAGCGCAGAUGAGCUCACUGACUCGCUCAGUCCUCCAACAGCAGCUUCGCCCCAGAGUCCCGCCCCCUCCACCUGACCCGACCAGUCACCUGUCCGCAUGGAUCUGAGGUGGACUCGAGACUGAAGCAGCUUCCGACGGACUGAUGAUGACGAGGAGACCCAGUGAAUGUAGACGUCCAAUCAGCAUCCAGCAGAAGCAGGAGAGACGUUUGAUUUCAACAUAAUUUUAUUUCCUGUUUUGUUAUUUUAGUGUUUGUCCAUCAUGACAUCAUCGACUUUUGACCAAUGGCAGAAGUCGUUUGCACGAGGAAACGUUUCCUGUCCGAACGUCGGUUUUUAUUUUGUCGUUCGUCCGCUGAAAAAACACAAAGAACAAAAACCUUUAAUCUGAAAGUUUCUGUCUGUAUGACGCCGCUCGCCGCUCGUCGGGUCAAAGGUCAAACGCCAGACUCCGCCACGGCGGGUUCAGGAGUUGUGGGAAAUUAUGCAAACUGUAAAAGAAUAUUCCUCUGAAGCGGUUUGAGUGUUUCACUGCGACUCUCGGGACGCUUUUACUCAUUUUCACUCGUCAGAAGAGCCGCAUCACUUCCUGCGUCUCGUUUCACUUUAAAGCUUCACGUGGACCGAUCACAGCGAGGCUUUUAUUGUGAAGCAGCUACAGGAAAUGAGUCACAGAAGUCAGCGCUUCACUUUAACUUCAGUGAAAAGUGUAGAAGUCUCUUUGGGAGGACAUUUGUCUUCAUCAGGCAGCAGAGCGCUGACAGGAAGUGAGGUUGGCAUCGAACCGGUGAGACCCGCAGGACACCGGGACGCCAGAAGGGUUAUUGUCCUCUGGAGACUUAAAGGCAAAUGACUGUAUAAUGUUCACUUAUCAACUGCAUCUAUAAACAUCAAACCUGUUACUGUACCCACCCACUUCCUGUCUCGGCGCUCCGAGUCGCCGUGGAUUGUUUCCACGCAGCUGAGCAGUUUAACUGCGUUCGUAACGUCAGUCAUCGAACUGUUCAUUUAGUUUGUCCUAAAAACCCCGGACGUCCUCAGACGGGACGUUACAACUCGCCCGAAUAAGAGCUGGGAGUGUCAGACGUUAGCGAGACGUUAGCGCUGAUUAGCAUGAUUGUUUCUAAGAUGGAGGUCAGGAUCCUGAUGACGUCACGCCUCAGAAACCGGCUCCGUUUCGAAAUAAUCUCAAAGUAAAAUCAGACGCUUUCGUGUAACUGAGGGCUCAGAUUCCCAUGAUCCUUUGCUGUCUUGGUUUUGUUUACAAGAACGUCGGAUCUGUAUUUGUUUCCUGCUGCGUCACAUUUUGUGCCACGAAAAGUUUGAAACGAAGACUCAUCUUGUUGGUUCGCAGCGACGCGACAUUCGUUUGAUGUCAAAGUGUUUAAUAAACGCAGAAUGUCUCCACAUAUAACGUUUAUAUAUAUAUAUAUAUAUAUAUAUAUAUAUAUAUAAUAUAAGCGUUUACGUGACAGAAACAAAGACGCGACACGUCUUUAAAACUGUAAACAUCUCAGUCAUCGUCGACAGUGAAACACGCAGCGAUGAAAUGUUACAGCUGAAUGUGAUAACGAGCUGAUUAAUAUUCAAACGCUUCAUUCGUCUCCGUCUGUUUAAAUGACGAAGCUUCACAUUUUCAUUUCCAUGUAACCGUGUGACCUCGCCGUUUUACUAAACUUGUUAGCAAUAUUGUGUAAAAAGCUGAGCGGCGGCGGCGCGAGCGCGCAGGAACAUUUACUGACGGAACUAAAUAUAUGAAAAGAAAAGUUUCACUUUAUUCUUCAGGCACGUUUGUGCGGAGACGGACGUUCUGCCUGCACUUAUUGUUGUAUUGUAUAUUGUCAUGUAUAUUGACUCGUGGCCACGCCCCCUCAUCAGGCCACACCCCUUGCCGUAACGUUUAAGCCCCUCCCCUUUUCUUUUUUUAUUAUGUUCUCGUCAGCUGGUUUUCGUUGCACGUGUGCUUCAACUCACCGUCGUGUGAUUCGCUGUCCGUCGAUGACCAUUCCACUGGUGGAAUAGCCCCGCCCACCUCUCUCGCCGCUGGACAAAAUGGCCGCCGCAGGUUUUAACCGACAAAACUGAAUGUUGGUCGCAGUGUAGUUUUAAUUUGAGAGGAAGAGUUGUAGUCAGGAAGUAAAGAAAAAGGCUCAUUAUUAGUUUUUUACCAACGCGAUGUUCAAGUUCCUGCGCACGUGGAGGAUCGUCCACCAGGGGGCGGAUCAGGUCCGGACCUGGUCCGGAUCAGGUCCGGAUCGCCUCUGACUGACUGACUAAACAUGGAGACAUGAGGUGACACAGCAGGAACCGCUGUCAGCUGAUCAGUAACUGAAUCUAUCGUAUCAAGAUUUUUAGUUUUUAUAUGUCGGUUGAACUGCGGCGCCCCGGCAGCUCGCCCCCGGCCCCGGGCCCCCCAGGUCGUCCCCUCUGUCUACUGUCGCUAUCAGAUGAAGCGGAAAUCCCCAAAAAAACCCUAGAAAUCAUUUGAACUGUAGUUGAACUCGACGUUUCUCUCUCAGACGUCAGCAGUUGGAACGACGUCCUCACUUUGCUUCGUGUUUCAUCAACCUAACCGGCGAGUUGCGCGUUUAUACAACACGCCGUAAAACUAAGUGUCUCCAUGUUUAGAAGCGUCUCCGAGAGAUGACUCGGCCCCCCGGUUCAAACGCAGGACAGGUGAGCGCGUUGGACGGACGCACGCGUUCGUCUCUGAGACGUCGAUCGUUUUCAUGAAAUCAGUUAAAGUAGAAUCUGAACCAAACGGAACGAAGACUUAAAGACGGCCUCUGAUUGGUCCCAACAAACCUUCAGAUUGUAACAAAACGAGACGUUUGUUUGUCCAGCGUCGACACGAAGGCGACGCGUGGCGGCGAUCUGUCCACUCGAGUCCCGACACUCAAACGCGAACGCUGCUUCCUGUACAUAUGAUGUAUUUAAUUAGUUAGAGCGUUACAUAGUACGAGUCUGAUUUUGUACAGAUGUUCAUGUAUGUACAGAACAAAAUAAAAAGAAAUAAAGUGGACAUGUUUGACAA